AUGGCACCUACAACUUGGAAACAAUUAAAGAACAAGUUUGAUAGAUUACUUAUAGUGGAUAAUGAACACUUUGAGAUAGUACCACUGGAAUCAAAUGAUCAACUGUCAGACAGUUGUAUGGCCCCACUUCCAAUGAAGAUAGACUCUAUGGGUUCUUCAAUAGUAUACACCGAUAGAGUACUUUAUGUGUUUGGUGGCACCGAUACACCUACUGGCGUCAAAGUGUUAUACUUUGAUUCAGAAUAUCAUUUGUUUGUUAGGGAGGGCGUCAAGUGCACUCUCAAACAUCCAAGAGUGAAUGCCACAGUAUCACUGUCACCAGAUCACAGAUAUGCCUACCUGGUUGGAGGUGAUCUCUCGCCACAGGCUGUGGAGCGUGUAGAUCUGACUACCAUGGACGUCACUCAGUGUGCCUCGAUGAACACUCCACGAAUCAAACAUGCCGCUACCUUGCUUAACGAUGAAGGAUACAACACAAUCGCAGUGCUUGGUGGCAUUGACCCAACAACCAACACGGUACUCGACACAAUGGAGCUUUAUGACACACUCUUUGACGUUUGGCAUAUAUCUGAUCAUCACCUGGCCAAGCCUAUGCACUCGAUGUAUGUGAGCUUUGUUCGGCCAGAAGCUCCCAUAUGUUUGGUAAUAGGAGGCGUUGGAAGCAAUGGACGAUUCAUCAAAGAGAUACAAAAGAUACACACUGAAGAGAGACCUGAUGAGAAGGCCACACUGCCAGGUCCAUUGGUAUGGUACUCAUCGGCAUGUCACUCUGAGAACCUCUUCUAUCUGACUGGUGGUCGACACAUGGGCGCGGAUCAAGCCACAACCACAAUGAUCAAGGUCAACUCCCGAACCAACCUAUGCAUCCCAUCACCAAUCAARGCUGCAAAAGGCCAGGACACAGAAGCACUUCAGUGUAGUCAUGAAGAAGAAGUGAGCAUACUUAAACUUAUUACUAUUAUGUAUAUUUAU